AGAAAACCUAACAUUCUCUCACUAUCCUCCUUUCUUUAACUUCCCAUGAAUCACUCUUCACAGCAUUUCUUUUCAAACCAAACAGCUCAUCUCUUUCCUGUUUUUUGCUCUCUCUACAAACGCUUCUCUCUCUCGAAUUCUCUCUUUUGAAUUGAUCAAAUCGAAUUGAAUGGCGAGGACAGGCAACAAGAACAUACAAGCCAAACUGGUGGGUACUUCUUGGGGACAUGGGAACUGGAAAAACCAGUUUAGUAUUAAGAUUUGUCAAAGGCCAAUUUUACGAAUACCAGGAAUCUACAAUUGGAGCAGCCUUCUUCACUCAGGUUUUAUCAUUAAAUGAUGCUACUAUAAAAUUUGAUAUAUGGGACACAGCAGGACAAGAACGGUACCAUAGCUUAGCUCCAAUGUACUAUCGUGGUGCAGCAGCUGCUGUUGUUGUCUAUGACAUCUCAAGCAUGGAGUCAUUUCAACGAGCCAAAAAGUGGGUUCUAGAACUGCAAAGACAAGGAAAUCCAAACUUGGUAAUGGUUUUGGUGGCAAACAAGGUUGACUUGGAGAUGAAAAGAAAGGUGGAGAGCGAGGAAGGGGAGCAAUAUGCUAAAGAAAAUGGCUUGCUUUUCUUUGAAACUUCUGCAAAAACUGCACAGAACGUAAACGAACUCUUUUAUGAAAUAGCAAAAAGAUUGGUGAAAGCGGCCCCUUCACGGCCGACUGGAAUGAAGCUGCACAGCAUGUCACAACAAAGGGGAAGAAGACUAUUUUGUUGCUCUAUAUGAUACCCAAACUCGGUCAACAAUUUAAUUGUAUCCUCCUAUUAUUUGCGACGAUGUGGGUGUAUGAGAUGGGAAUUCAUGAUGGGCCAAAUCAAAGUUGAAGAUUCCACGAGUCACAUUUCACAGAGAUUUGUAUGUCUAUGGUGUGUUUUGCAAAAUCUGGUGACAUGUGAUGAAAUGACUUGCAUGCUGAUUUGUGCACAAGAAUUGUUAUUAAACUCUAAAUGAAUGAAGCUGCUGCAAUAAUGUCGUACAUAAAAAAUAUGGCUUGCAUCAGCCGAGAAUUGAUAUUUAUAAACCAAGGACAGAACCAUUUCAAAUUCA